GGAGGAGGGAGGACAGAGCCAGAGAGAGUCCACUGAUCGAUCAGCCCAGCCUAGUCCCAAGAGAGACUGAAGCUUCAGAGGAGAAACAACGUGACUGGAAUGGAGUUCGGUCUUCUGCUGUGGAUGCUUUUGACCUUAACGGGAAGCACAUCAGCGGUGCCAGAGCAGUACAGUACAGCAGUGGAUUGGUUGAGCAGGUAUGGCUACCUUCCUCCUCCUGACCCACGCACAAGUCAACUGCAGACUAAAGACGGGAUUGAGAAAGCAAUUCGUGUCAUGCAGAGAUUCGGCGGGGUCCAGGAAACCGGGGUGCUCGACAAUGCAACCCUAAAACUCAUGUCCACGCCUCGAUGCUCUCUCCCUGAUAUUGUGGGUAAUGAGGACAUGCUGAGGAGGAAGAGGAGGAGGAAAAGAUACGCCCUGUCAGGCCUUAAGUGGCACAAGACAGACCUCACAUGGAGUGUUCACAGCUACCCAUCAGCCUCCCUCUCACCCAGCAUGGCUGACACUCUGGUGGACACUAUCCUGACUCACGCAUUCAAAGCCUGGAGCGACGCCGCCCCCUUGACUUUCCGUCGGCUGCUGGGUGACAGCGGGCGGACGGCAGCUGGAGGGGACAUCAGAGUGACUUUUGCCCGCUUGCUUCACAACGAUGGGUACCCUUUUGAUGGGCAGGGUGGCACCCUGGCCCACGCCUUCUUCCCCGGCAGAGAUGAAGUGGCGGGUGACACACACUUUGAUGAUGAUGAGAUCUGGAGCUAUGGAGGUCUCAGCAGUGGCAGCACAGACCUGUUCACAGUUGCAGUGCACGAGUUUGGCCACGCGCUGGGCCUGUCCCAUUCCUCCACUGAUCCAUCCAUCAUGAGGCCGUACUACCAGGGUCCUGUGGGAGACAUUCCAAACUUCCGACUGGCCCUGGACGACAAGCUGGCCAUCCAGCAGCUUUAUGGUGUGAAGGAUGGGGGACCACAGGGGGGUGUUGAUCCUGACCUCCCACGCCUGCCCAGUCCACCUCCUCCAAGACCAACAAAGCCUUCUGACCCCUUAAUCAACAAGCGCUGUCAGGGAGGCUUUGAUGCAGUGGCAAAUAUCAGGGGAGAGGUCUUCUUUUUUAAAGGUGAACAGUUCUGGAGAACUAAGCGAGACGGGUCUUUGGUGUCCCUCAAUCCGGCUCAGAUCAAAAACUUCUGGUUCGGCCUCCCGCCAGGAACCAACAAGGUUGACGCCGUGUACGAGAGAAAGAGCGACAGCAGUAUCAUCUUCUUUAUUGGAUCUCAGUACUGGGUCUUUAAGGACACAGUGGCUAUGAGCGGCUACCCUCGGCCCCUCUCUGAAUGGGGCAUGAGGACAAAGAGCGGGGUGCUGGUGGACAGGGUGGACGCAGCCUUCAUCUGGGCCCACAACGGCAAGACCUACCUGUUCAGCGGUGGGGAGUUUUGGAGGUUCGACGAGAGCCGUAAGAGCGAACAGGUGACCAGACAGCCAGAGCCGGGUUACCCGCGGGACAACAGCCUCUGGGUAGGAGUGCCCGCCCACAUGGAUGACAUCAUCAGCUGGGGAGAAGGAGAUGCCUACUUCUUCAAGGACAACCUUUACUGGGUGCUGCAGAACGGAGGAUUAAACCAAGCUGUCGUCACUCCUAAAUCCAUCGCUGUAGACUGGCUCAGAUGUCCAGCUCCUCCGCCUGCAACCUCCAGUCCUCAAUCCCCAAAGGAGUGCCUCUGUGACUUGAAUGCAUCAUCACCAUUUCUAAGAGGCAGCUGGAUCCUCCUGAUCUCUGUUAUAUUGGUAAUUAAUGAAUUUGUUAGAGAAUAAAUGGAUGGAAUUUGUUUGAAACCUAGUGGCUGUUUAUGUAUUACUUCUAGUAGGGUAAUAGAGGCUCUUUACAUCAUUAUACUCACAGUACAUUACAAGCCACAAGCUGGUUUCAAAAUGUUAAAUAUCAACCUGAUACUUUAACAUAAGGCCAGUGUCACUGCAAAUACUUUCCCUCUUUCAGAACAUAUUGCUGGCCCAUGAAAAUUGUCCGCUCGUGUCCGAAAUCACUCACUACUCACUAUUAGCCCACUAUAUAUAGUGAGUAGUGAAUGGGUGAAUGAUUUUGGACACAGUUUUUUUUUGCAUCCUUCAGCCAUCCUGCUAUAGAAUUUCACCCCCUCCAUUUUCCAAAGUAUUUGGAUUACAGAGCCUGUACAGGAUAACACAUGGAAAUUCAACACAGAAAUCCAGCAGAAAAGGCUGCUAUGCUAUCUCAUAAUGAGGCUCUACACAACCACAGGCGACACAAACAUACUUAAGUACAACUGUCAAUUUCUUUAUCAGAUCUAAAUAUUUUUUGAAUUCAGACAUAGCCUACAUACAGUACACUGCAGUACAAACAAAAAUAUGGUAAAUUAUACUUGCAGACUGGGUUGUGGUUUUUUGUUGCCCCAUUUUUAUAUUUUUGAGUUUGAUGUUGUACAUGUAACUGGUUUUCACUCACUAACACGUGAAGGAUCAAGAACAAAAAUAACCUUUUUAUUGACGAUCAAGAUGAUUUUAUUUUCUUGACAGUAUUAAUGCAACAAUUCUGCAAACAGAGAUGUGGACUCAGCAACAGGUACUCAGUCAGCGGGGGCAAUCUAAGUAGGGGGGGGGCUAGGGUUAAGAGAUAUGUUGAUGACUAAAAAAGUGCAAAAUUACUGCACAGAAGUAGCUGUUGUGACAAUUUUACACAUUCAAGCUUAAUUUUCUUCAUAUUUUAGUUAUUUUACACUGAUUUAAUUACUAUCAUGUUACAAACAAUUAUGUUAUUCUUGUAUUUUAUUAUUUUAAUUUCUAUUUGAAUCCAUCACUGUGAUCCUUUUGAGGGGAAGCUGUGCAGAUGUAAUGCAGAAAUCUUUCUUAAAGCUAGUAGAGUUUAGGGAUUUCGAUUCAAAUGUAAUGUUUUUUUUUCUCAGGUUAGGCUAAAUGUAGUUACUAUAAUGCAUUGGUAUGUAUGGACAAUUUUAAGUGACUAUUAGAAAAUAUCAGUAAAAAGAGUUCUUAAUAUUACUUUCCUCUUGGUAUGUCUUUGAAAAUUAUCUCUUGAUCUCAGCACCUUCAGAAGUAGCAUUAUUCAAGACUCACUUUCCAUGAUACAUCUUGACAAUAGAGUACAUGUCGAUCUCCAGUUACAGCCUUGUACCCACCCUAGACUACUGAUUGGUAUCUUCAUUUGCAACACCACAUCCUCUGAGACAUGACGUACAAAUCUUAGUGACAUUGAAUCUGAGACUUACAGCAGGUCAGAAGUAUGAUACAAAAUUGUCGUUUAGCCUGAUGAACAAGAGUAUAUAUUGUUCAUUAGUGUUCGUUCACAUUUGUCUUCUGACUCACUGGUUAAGAUGGAUUGCUAUAAGAACUAGCAGCUCUGCUGUUACAGUAAACUCCUGGAAGACCAAAGUAAAGUGAUGCAUAAUGAGUACUGAAAACUUGAUUUAACAUUUAAAUAUGACAAUGAGUUACUUCGCUUCAAACUUCACACUGACAUGAAAAAUUGUGCAUGCUUACUUCAAAGGCUUUCAUCUCUUUCUUUUUUUCUUUUUUAACAUGGAAUAAAUUAAUUGUCAUCUAGUUAACCAUUAAAUCUUUAGUUCGAAGCACAUUCAAGUUAUUCAAGUGAGUAUUAGGAGUAUUUUUUUUUUUUCUUCAAGUGGGAAAUGUCUAGAUAAGCUCUAAGUUGCCUAGGAAUGACAAACACUUGCAUCCUCACAGGCUACAUCAUGCUACAUCUGA